GUUGGACUUGGACAUUCACAAACGAAACGAAACGAAACGCCCGCCGCGAAGCAAAGGAUUACCAGGCUCUGCUGCUGUGGACCUGUGGUGGCCGCGAAGCAAUGGAGGCCGCGGUGGCCACGAGUACGAGGGUGCCGCCCCUCCCUCUGCCGCCCACCGCGGUGAGGCCCCUGCUCCCGUCGGGCCUGGCGCGGUCCCGCCGCGGGUUCGCUUCAAUCUCCGACGCAGGCGGAGGUGGAGGCCGCGUAUCUGGAGGAGGAGGAGGAGGAGGCGGCGGCGGCGGAGACGACUCCGGUGCCGGCGCCGCAGCGGGCGCCGCGGCUGUGGCGGCUCUGGGUGAGGCCGAGCAGCAGGCGGACGGCGGCGACUCCGACGCAAUCGUGCUCCAUGUCGGGGGAAUGUCGUGCGGCGGAUGCGCGGCCAAGGUGAAGCGGAUUCUCGAGAGCCAGCCUGAGGUUGCUGCAGCUACAGUUGAUGUCGAAAAGGCCACCGCCAUUGUAUGGACAACACCUGAAGCGAAGGCUACCAAAGAUUGGCAAAAGCAAUUGGCCGAGAAGCUUGCCAAUCAUCUCACCUCUUGCGGGUUCCAGUCUCAUGUGCAAGACGAAGGCGAAGCUGAACAAACUGAUUCUUGACCUCAGCAGUGCCUUAUGUAUGUAUGACUAUGAGUGACCAGGAAGUUUUAGCAUGGAGGGGUCCUUGAAUAAAGACAAUGUCUCCUAUUCCUACUACUACUUCAGAAGUUGUACACGCGGAUCUACUAUGUACAUUUGAUUGAGAGUUAUAUAGUUCUAUGAGUGCUCAGCAAGUUUUACGCCAUUAUAUUGUUGUUAGGGACACCUGAAGUCCUGAACUAUUGAAGGCAAACUAGUGAUAAAAUAAAAAGGCAAAAAAAAAGCUUUGACAGCGUUGUAAAAUGAUUCCCUACAUAUAAGUAUUUGGUAAAUCUUGUCCUCAGCUUUCAA